UCUCAGGCUGCAUCUGAUAAGAAAGCAUCCGAGGGGCGUGGAACCGAGGGGCCUAUGGAUCCUUCUUCCAGAAAACACAGAGUCCACCCGGGACCCCCAGAUCUUAUUGGGACAAGAAGGGCAAGGAUCUUCCGUUCUGGAACUCGGGUCCGGCGGUGUUGAGAGGCGAGUGGGUGUGUCCGCUUCCGCCGCUGGCCUUCAGACGAAGCAGAGCGCCUGGAAGCGGUACUUUGUUCCCGAAAUGGGUUUUGUAUACGCGCCAUCCCGGCGCUAGAAGUACAACUUUGCAGCCAGGGAGCGGGGCAGCUGGGUCGGGGUCCCGGGGGAAGGGCGGGUCCUGCCCGCAGCUGUCGAACAGCUUGGCGGCGGGGCCGGCGGAGUUCCCACGGGUCGUGGGCGGUGGUGCGAUUAGCACCGUCUGGGUCCCCGGCUAGCGGCGACGCUCCGGGAAGCCGGUCCCGCCCUCGCCCCGAUCCUUCUCUUGGCGGCUUCGGGGGCUAGAAUUCAUCAGGAACCAAGCCCAAAACUUUCCCUCUAGCUUCGCAUUCCUUUUGUCUUUCUUGGCGGCGACGGAGGCGCCUUAGCUGCGAUCCCUUGUCCUGGGCUCGCUCACCGGUACCCUAGAAGGACAGGGGUGCUGGGGCUCCGCGCGUCCGAUGGCGGCGGCCGCGUCCCCCAGCUGCGCGAGUCAGGGCGCCCGCACCCCGGCCUGACUCAUUCUCCCGCGGUGACCGCACGGCGUCCUCAGCCGGAGCCCCACGGGCGGGGAUGGGGAGUGAGACCGCGGCUGCCCGCGGUUGCCUAGAUUCCUCCUGACGCCCCCGACCCCGCCGCCUCCCACGCUGGUCCCCGGAGGCUCACGCUGUCGCGACAGCUGUGAGAGUGAAGAGCCCGGAGAGGCCACCGGAGCCCCGAGACCCUGCGCUCAGGACAGAGCACAAGAGGAAGCUAUGAUAGCCACUGGUGGGGUCAUCACUGGCCUGGCGGCCCUGAAGCGGCAGGAUUCUGCCAGGUCCCAGCAACACAUCAACCUCAGCCCACUGCCUGCUACGCAGGAUCAGAAACCCGUCAGACGGCGCCCACGAGCUGAUGUUGUGGUGGUCCGUGGGAAAAUCCGGCUUUAUUCUCCAUCUGGCUUUUUCCUCAUUCUGGGAGUGCUGGUAUCCAUCAUAGGAAUAGCUAUGGCAGUCCUUGGAUAUUGGCCCCAGAAGGAGCAUUUCAUUGAUGCAGAGACCACGCUGUCCACCAAUGAGACCCAAGUGGUUCGGAACCAGGGGGGUGUGGUGGUGCGCUUCUUUGAGCAGCAUCUACACUCCGAUAAGAUGAAGAUGCUUGGCCCGUUCACCAUGGGCAUCGGCAUCUUCAUUUUCAUCUGUGCCAAUGCCAUUCUUCAUGAGAACCGCGACAAAGAAACCAAAAUCAUCCACAUGAGGGAUAUCUAUUCCACAGUCAUUGACAUCCACACGCUGAGACUCAAGGAACAGAAGCAGGCAAAUGGCCUGUACGCAGGCUUGCUGGGAGACACUGAAGUGAGGCUGAAUGGCAGCCCCUGUGCAUCCAGGCUGGCUGCCACCACCUUGGCCUCCUUCUCAGGGAUGCGGAACAGCUUUCGGGUGGACAGCUCUGUGGAGGAGGAUGAGCUGAUGUUGACUGAAAGUAAGAGCCCGGGGCACCUCAUGCCACCGUUGCUAUCUGACAGUGCAGUCUCUGUCUUUGGCCUUUAUCCACCUCCAGCCAAGACCACCGAUGAAAAGACCAGCAGCUCCAAGAAGUGUGACACCAAAUCGAUCGUGUCGUCAUCCAUCAGUGCUUUCACACUGCCUGUGAUCAAGCUUAAUAAUUGUGUCAUUGAUGAGCCCAGUAUAGACAGCAUCACUGAGGUCGCAGACAACCUCCAAACUAGGUCCAGGAAUCUUUCAAUGGAUUCCCUCGUGGUCCCACUGCCAAGCUCUGGUGAGUCCUUCCAGCCCACCAGCACAUUACUCCCAAGGAACAAUUCCGUUGGGGAUUCCCUAUCAAGUCAAUACAAGUCCUCUGUGGUUCUGGGACCCGGGACUGGACAGCUCUUGUCUCCUGGGGCUGCAAGAAGACAGUUUGGAUCCAACACAUCCUUACAUUUACUCUCUUCUCACUCCAAAUCCCUAGAUUUAGACCGAGGUCCUUCCACACUCACAGUGCAGGCAGAACAAAGGAAGCAUCCAAGUUGGCCCCGGUUGGAUCGGAGCAACAGCAAAGGGUAUAUGAGACUGGAGAACAAAGAGGACCCAAUGGAUCGGUUGCUCGUUCCCCAAACAGCCAUCAAAAAGGACUUUACGAAUAAAGAGAAACUUCUUAUGAUCUCAAGAUCUCAUAACAACUUGAGUUUUGAGCAUGAUGAGUUUUUGAGUAACAACUUGAAGCGAGGAACUUCUGAGACAAGGUUUUAGUGUUUGAAAAUAGACCGUUUUCCUUGGAGGUAUAUUCUACUUUAGCCAGUGUUUGCCUCCUUAAAGCAUUGGUUGCAAGCCUUUUAAAAUCAAAUGUCAGUGUGUUAGAAAUGGUUGGUUAAUUUUGUAAUGAAGAUGGCUGUAUGUAUGGGUUCCCUUUCCCUGCAGAACUGUAGAUUAUCAUGUGAGAUUUUUUGUUUUCUCUCUGAAAGCAUGAUUUCUUUUGUUGAUGUAGAUGCAAAAUACCAGCAUUCAUAUUAAGAACUUGGCUUUACUUUCACAUCCUAUCACCGAUGAUCAUCUUCAUAGAGGGUAGCCAGUAUGGAAAGUGCAGAGUACCAAAGUGUGGACAAGAAGUGUUAAACUCAGGUCCAAUACUCAAUGGACGUAUUUAUAAAUGAGGUGGAGUGCAGUCUUAAGAUGUGAUUUUCUGAAUUGUUUUGUGCAAGAUUGCUUACAUUAUUUAACGGGAGAACUCAUUUCUGUUACAUCUUUUGUGAAUCAUACUCUGAACUCUUUAUGGGCAGUGUGUGUGUGUGUGUGUGUGUGUGUGUGUGUGUGUGUAACACACACACACAUAUUACACAUCAGUUCUGUUAGGAUGAUUAAAAAAAAAACCUGGUGAAGUUCAUGGUUUAGAGAUAAAUAGCAAAAAGCUACUAGUUGUAACUUUAGAGUCUCAGAAUCAAUCAUUUUCUCUGCAAAGUGAUGUGAAAAGUGAAUGGGCUAAUUAUAGCUUGUAGAAUUUUUGUUCUGACACGUGCAGAGAGAGCACCACCUAAGGAGCAAAAAUACUAUUAUUUGCAUCUAACAUCGAUCCACUUGCUGUUGUCUAGAAUUCACUCACCCCCAUGUUCUUAUUUUGUUCCAAAAUUUAUUAUUAUUAUUAUUAAUUAUUAUUAUUAUUAUUAUUAUUAUUAUUAUUAUCUGGGGAAUAAUCAGCUAGUGUCAGCUCAUUUUCAUAUCUCCACAUGCCACCAGCUUGGUGGUUAAAGAAAAUUUAGCACUUGAUAAACUGCCUUGCGAUCUACCCUGUGCUGGAAAGCCUUCCACUAACUCCAAAGACUCUCUCCUGGCUGGACAAGUUUUGAAGGUUGUGUUUCUCAAAUAUAUAAAAUUGUCAAUAAUACUAAAUACUAAAGUGAAUGUUUCCAUUAGAUAUCUCUCAUUUCCAUGAAGGUAACAUGGUUUUCAGAAUCGUUUAAUGGGGCCUAGAACAGUAUCUCAGCAGUUAAGAGCACCCACAUGGUGGGUCAUCCAGCUCCAGUUUCAGGGGAUCUAACACUCUCUUCUGGUCCUGUGUGAGCACCAGGCUAUGGUGCACUUAUGUACACUUAGGCACUAUACACAUAAAAUAAAAUCUUUAUUUUAAAAAGUCUAAUGGAAUACUCAGGUAAUUUUGCUGUUUUUUUUUCCCCAAAGCCUAAACAUUUGUGAACAUUCCCAUUACAAGCACUAGAAGGAACAGAAAGGACACAUUUGUAAGAGUAGCAGUCUAGAAUCCCAAACUGUGUUUACAUAGACAGCUUCCUUCUAGAGAGGCACCCUGCUUCGUAGAAACUCAAACCUGUGUGUUAUGAUAGACUAAGCUCAAUAUUUUACUAUAAAAACAUUUAAUAAAUGUCUAUUCCUCAUAGAAAUGUGUGUUCUUCAUACCUUUGUUAUCAUUUUUUUAAAUAAAAUGUACAUUUCUGUUUUAAAUA